AUGGAUGAUAUUUGUGAUGAUAGCUUGCCACAAGUUCUUGCGAAGGAUUCCCUAAAGGAAGUUCUCUGCGAAAAUUUAUCUAGAGACAAUGCAAGCGUUUGGGGUAAUGAGGCUUGUGACUCUUGUCGGAGGUCUGGCAACAUUUUGCGGAGGCAUGAGAUGCCCCAAACCGGGAUUCUUGAAGUAGAAAUAUUCGAUGUUCAGGGUAUUGAUUAUAUGGGGCCGUUCCCAUCUUCCAAUGGGAAUUGCUACAUACUCGUAGCCGUCGAUUAUGUGUCCAAGUGGGUUGAGGCCAUAGCUUCACCAACAAACGAUGCCAAGGUAGUCAUCAAGCUCUUCAAGAAGAUCAUAUUUCCGAGGUUUGGUUUUCCACGGGCUAUUAUUAGUGAUGGAGGUACUCACUUCCAUGAAAGACAAUUGGAUAACCUCCUUAAGAAGUAUGGUGUAUAUCAUAGAACCGGGCUUAGUUACCACCCUCAAACUAGUGGUCAAGUUGAGGUCUCUAAUAGGGAAAUCAAGGCGAUUCUAGAAAAGCACAAGGCUGGAGGCAAUGGACAGAGUAGCUUUGUUGUCACAUUUCAGAAUUGUGGGACCUAG